AAGUUGCAGAUCCCCCCGCCACCGUGUUUGGAUUAAAUCUCGAACCAAGAGUAGAAAACUUGUCACUGAUUACGACAAGAAAAUUGCAGAGAAGAUAGUAAGUAUAUAUUAAUCCUUAAUUGAGUUCUACUCAUGAGUUAGUGUAUAUAAUUCAUAUACUAAUUGCUUGAAUAUAUGCGUGCAUUAGGCUCAAUUAGAGGAGAAGCUUAGUCAGGGACAAAUUCAGGUCCAGGGCCAAAACGAUAUCCUGACGCAGGCGCUCGGGACACCAGAGCAUCCUGGACGUGUCAGGGCUACUGGGUAUGCUAUUACUUGAAAUGUUAUUUAUUUAGUUACACAAAUAAAAUCGUUGCUAAUUUGCAUUUUAUGAUUUGUAGGUUCCUGACCAGGGCAUCUCAACUGUUCGGCAGGAAGAAAAGGGAAGUGUCUGAUGUUGUGGCUCGGCAAGCGAAGGAGAUUGAAAAAUUAAAAGCCGAAGUCCAUUCCCUUAAGCAGCAGAGAAACGCUGCCGAACAAGAGGAAGAAGGAGAGGUGGCUGGUGAGGCGUAUGUUCCACAACCAUACGCUCCUCAAGAUGAGGUACAACCACAAACUUAUGCUGAGGAGUUUAUUUCCCUCAACGACCAAGGUAUCCUGUACAAUUUCGAUGACCAUGCGGCCCUUAAUCAGCAAGUACAUCUCUGCUCUGACAACAUCGACAACAUUGUGGCCCGAGGGUAUUUGUACGAGCAUGUUGGUAUAAUCCAAGUUCACUGCCAGAACUACGAUGAUUCACAUGCCCGGAUUAUGGUUUCGGAAAUCCUGCAAGAGGACGCUGAAAUCCCAGUCCCAAUUGAAGAGUGCAGAUAUGUUAGGGACGUAUACCAGAUGUUCCUUCCUUGGCCUAAACACUUAAUUUUAACAACCGAGGGUCCACUCGCUCAACCGCCCUCAAGACGUGAUGCGUCAAAGGGGAAAGCUCCGAUGCUUUCUCCACAAGGUCGUGGUGCACGGGAAGAUGACUUGUUCACGAAAGAGAAGAUGGCGUUGAUCCCUAAUUCGCUAAAAUAGAUGAUUCAUGAAUUCCUGAGGCUCAAAGAUAAACGUGAUAUAAUCACAAUUCCUGUCCCCCGAGGAUUCAUUGCA